AUACUUCUCUCGCGUUCUUGCCGUCUGCGCUCCGCUCGCUACGCCAUUCAAGUGAUGUGGUUUCGUUGGUGUGACUUUCACGCUCGCCGGGCAGCGUAAUGUCCCUGCUCAUGUAGUCGACUCCCUUCAGCAUCAAAACCGACAUCGACGCUAAGAAGAUCGUCUGGUAAACGCUGGAUGAUCAUGCGUGGUCACUUUGUCCCCGCGACAGAGACCUUCGUAGCGGUGGUCGCAGUCUUCUGUCUAGCAGCGUCCUCGGUGGUACGAGCAGAUUUCACGUACGCGCACGAUGCGGAGGAGUAUUACACGGCGAUCAUCAACUUGACUUACAUCAACCCCACAACUGGUCAGGUUGUGUCAGAUAGGGAGGAACUGGGCAAAUACAGUGCAGGAAAAGUGGGUUCCGUCAGUGGUGUAGUGGUGCAUGUGACCAGCAACAAUUUCACGGCGCAUGACGCCUGUUCUCCGCUGGAUACGGCGAAUAUUCCUCAGGAGCCUUGGAUCGCGCUCAUCCAACACGGCAACUGCAUAGAGUCAGUGAAGAUGCGGCACGCUGCCAACACUAACGCGUCCGGGGCAGUGGUUUACAAUAACAACCCAGGAAGUCGGCUGGUGAAAAUGCGACACAAAGUGUUCCAGAUCAUCUCGGUGUUCAUCAGCCGCGAAAAGGGCGAGGAGAUCGCGACACUGGUGGACAACGGGACGCGCGUUCUGAUGCACGUAUCCGUAGGAAGUCACCGGCCAUUUCCCUACCCCAACAUCAACCGAACUUCGGUCCUCUUUGUCUCAAUCUCUUUCAUCAUCCUCAUGAUCAUCUCCCUCGCCUGGCUCGUCUUCUACUAUGUCCAGCGCUUCCGAUACAUUCACGCCAAGGAUCUCCUAGCGAGAAGACUGUGCAGUGCGGCCAAGAAAGCACUUGACAAGAUUCCCGUGAAGACUCUCAAGUCCGGAGACAAGGAAGCCGAAGGCGAGCUCGAGUGCUGCGCUGUCUGCAUCGAGCCUUUCAGGCUAGGAGAAGUGGUGCGCCUAUUGCCGUGCAAGCACAUAUUCCACAAGUCAUGCGUUGACCCGUGGCUGCUAGAACAGAGAUCUUGCCCAAUGUGCAAAAUGGAUAUUCUGAAACAUUAUGGCCUGGUGUACACAGGCAGCCAAGAAAGCGUACUCAACAUGGAGGACGUGCUACACCAUCAGCAUCGACCAAUCCACCACCCGCUGCACGGCGACGCUGAAGUGGAAAUUAUUCACGUGCCACUGCACCACCCGUUUGCCACGUCUCCUUCACGCCAUCCCGUUGCUCUAAGCAGGGAAGACUUCCAGCGUCAGGUUGUUCUGCUGGACCCUGAUGGUAACAGUGGAAUCCACGUAGAUGGGGAGCUCGCAUCUCUACCCAUAUGGGAGGAUUCUGAUGGAGAACUGUAUGCCCCAGCCCAGCAGACACAAUCCGACUGCAGCAGCAAAGAGCCACUUGUUGUGGCAAGCCAGCAGAUGAGACAGGAGCAAGCACCGUGACUCCUCUCCGGGAACUGAUCUUCUAUGUGUAUAUGAAAAGUCAUGUGCCAGUGUGUUAGGACUCGUAAACUCGCAACAUGACUUCAGCAGAGUGUGCGAAUUGGAGGUGGCAUUUGGAUGGUUACUUUUUGUGUAACCUCCUUGUGAUAGUUGCCGGGAUGAUUGGGUGUUGUGCAGCACUGGAAGCAGCGAGGUCUCUGUAGUUUGUGGUGCUUGGGCCGGCUACCGCCCGAAGACAGCAAGCUUAUUUCAUUGUGUUCGGUGGUCUUCACUGGAUAGACAGGUCGUGCCUGGCAUGCGUGUCAAACACAGAUGAACUGCAAAGUAGAUAACUUGGUGGGAAUUCUGAAUUGGUUAGCCAUUUUGUAUACACCUGCCAAUAUGUACUUACAGCACUACCGCUUAGUGUGUCAUUUUCGGUAAAUCUCCUUCGAGUCUUGACUCCUCGGGUAAUGUAGAGGAAAGUUGUUGCAGUACUGUGUACCUGAAGUUGACAGGUCUUCAGAGUGAAUGGGGAGUGUUGGUAUAUGACUCCUACUCCUAAUAUCUCCACGUUGGGUGAAAAGCAGAUGGUUGUGAGGUAGAAUCCCACGUGUAACCUUAAAACAUCCCAAAAAGUAGCAAAUUCAGGAAGAAAAAGGGAUUUAGAUGGACUAUUGUAGUUUGGCCAGGAGCAGUAGAGUUGAGGAGUAAUUGAAAUGUUGGCAUCUGUACAUGCUGCUGUAGGAAUGUGUGACCAAAGCCUAUACGUACUGAAGCUGGUUGUCAAAAAAGCAUUAGAGUUCUCACACCCUGACAUAAACUUCUGUAACUCUCUGACAAACAGCUUUCAUUAGUGCUGUAAAAGCAGCCACUAUGAAAUGUUAGCAUGGCAUAAUGACCUCGUGGUGCAACAGUAUUGUACAGGACUAAUACACCAUGCCUCGAAUGUGACAGUGCUCUCCUCAGCAGAAAUACUGUAUUUACUCGCAUAAUUUACACAACCCAGCUUUGGCGGCCAAACGUGAUGCUUUUUUUAUUUUUUUGCAUACGAGGAGUGAUCAAAACGUAUCCAGGAUGGAUCUGUACUUAAAGAGGUUAAAUAUUUACAUAUUUUGAACUUAGUUACCAUCGAGGUAGUCCCUUUCGGAUACAAAGCCCAGUGCUGUUUCCGCUAUCUGAAAGUAUUGGAAGUCUUUUUUGUAAAUAGAAAAGAGCUGUCUUGUCCCAAUGUUUGGGAAGCCCAAACAAAUGUGAUGAGACCACUUUUUGCUGUUUCCAAAUCAGAUUUACAGAAAUGUUUUGUGCAGUGGAAACAGCAGUAGGCUCAGUGUCACAUGGCGAUGGCCACACCAUAGGGUGGGUGCCGGUUUUCUUCACAUAACUAAUGCACGCGCUCUAUGUUGUUGGGUUAAAAAAAAAGUGCAACUUAUACGAGUAAAUAUGAAUCUGAAACCUGCAGCAGGGGGAACGUCUUCAAUGAUGUACAUGUGGAUAUGGGAAAAUUGGGGACGACAAUCAACGAACAUCAUGCCAGUGCACUGGAAUGACCGCACAGCUGCAAGUUUAAAAAACCCACCACUUAUGAACUCUACGCUUCUGGUGUUGUAAUGCUAACAGCACUGAGACAGAGAAGUGAAUAUGAAUACUGUGUGAGAAUGGCAGUGCUUCAACCCCUAUCAGGGUUUAUACAAACUGUUUCACAAGUGGCUACACUCAGGGUCCUGUUCUCUAGGAUAAUACAAAGUGUAGUGGCAACCGUGCUAGGUGACAGCAGACAUAAUAUCGUUAGCUGUUUUUCAGAGUAAACUAAUUUAUUAUACUUUUCGGAGUGUGAAACAAAGGUGAUAGGUUGGCUGGAGUAUUUUCCUCUGUCCGACUCCAUGGCAUAUCGGAAGAGAGGUUGAAGCAUGACGAUAUUAUCAGUGCUAGGCCUAUCUGUCUACUCCUUGCUAGUCUCAAUGUGAUGCGCCACUGACAUGUACAGUUAUUUUCUCGUUUUGAUAAAAGUCAUUUUCAUUGCCGUGUA